AGCCCGCGCAGUGGCGCGGUCCCAGCAGUUGGGCUCUACACCCCACCAGGGACCGCCCUCUUGGGCUGCGCGCUGGAUGGAGGAGAUCCGGGCCCAGGCCGCCCUCUCAGUCGCAGAUGCGCUUGUGGAGGACGUCAGGCGGCAGCGGGCGUACAAUGCCGAGCAAGGACCCGUUGCGGUCAAGUUUCCCCCGCCCGUGGUCCGCGCCGUGGUGCUGGUCCAGGCCAUGCUGCGACGGCGGGAGUUUCUGCGGAGCUUCGGGGGAGACGCGGAGGCCAUAGCGGAGUUCGCCCCACCGGAUCCGCUGCUGUCUGUGGCGCUCUAUUUCUGCCGGCGCAUGCGGAGCGUGCAGUGGAUCGAUGCCGAGAGUGAGGCGAUGGCGGUGGCCGGCAUCGUGUCUGCGAAGCAGACGGGCCUCACGCUGGGCGGCGUGCGCGAGGUGAUCGAGUUUUACGAGGGCGUUGUUUCGGACGAGCACAUGUCUCUCAUGGUCUUGCGCGAGAAGCUUGACGGAAUGAUCGUAGAGGUGACCGAGGCGUUGCAAGACCGCGUCGCAGUUCUGGACACUCCGGCAGAGGUCCAGGCUGCCAUCGAUUCUUGCCGAAGUGAGUCGCAGAUUCCGCCCUGCUUCGAGUCGCGCAUCUUCGGCGGCCCCCUCGUGCGCCUGCGCGAGGUCGUCGAGAGGGCGGAGCGCGAGCUGCGGCUGCAGCUGGCGCAGUGCACCUCCGUGCCGGAGUACGACAAGGUUGACGAACGGCUGGAGCCCAUGUUCGGCGCCGUGCACACGCCGGUCCGCGCCGAGAUCGACCUCGCGCGCACGCGGCGCACGCAGUUCCUGGAGAUGGAGCUGGAGACACGGUGGUCGCGGCCGUUUGCCGGGCCACUGCCGCCGCACUCGCGGGCGGCGCGGCAGUACCAGCUGGAGCUCGGGAAGGACAAUCCGAAGGUAGUCGAUUUCGUGGCGGAGGAGCUGCGGCACGCGGCGUCGCUGGAGGCCACGUUCGAGGUACACCUGUCCACUCUCCAGGGGCGGAUGCAGACUCUCUGGGAGAGGCGCCGAGAAGCCAAGGCCCGGUCCAUGGUGGAGGAAAUGGACGCGCAGAUGUCGGAGGUGUCGGACGAGAUCCAGAGGGCGAUCGAGAACGCCAUCCUGGACAUCGGACCCCAGAACGCGAGGGUGAAGCAGCGCGCCCAGGAGCUGCUUGCCGCGGACGCGCACGCCGCCGUGUUCAGCAUCCAGGCGGAGCAGGCGGCCGACGAGCUCCGGGCGGAGCUGGAGGAGAACGACACGAGCCCCGAGGGCGCCGACCGCCGGCGCGGCGUCGCAUCCACGUUGCUGGCGCUGCUGGACGAGCUCACCCCGGGCCACCCCACGCAGGCGGUGCUACGGGGGGAGUUUCAGCAGGAGCUCGCGGAGGCCGC